CAGAAACCGCCCAACACGUUCCGGCUGGGUCUCCAGGACUCAGGAGGUCUAGAUCUAUUCACCCUCUUCAUCUUGGCGCACAUUCGGCGCCCCCUCUCUCCCCCGCGGCGAACCCAGCAGACGGCUGGGGAAGGCACGUCCCGCCCCGCGCCCCUUCCCAGCUCGGCGCUUCCGCUGCCCGAGCCGAGUCUCCUCCCCCGCCGUCCCGGGCGCCGUCCCGGGCAGGGUCGUUGGGAUCGCCUGGCGGCUUAGCCCGGGAGACGCGAGAAGCAGACCCGCGCCCCCACCCCUACCCCCGCCACGAUCCAACAGCCCCUCCCGGGUCUCUGCGGCCCAGAGGAGCCCCAGCGUUCCGCGCUGCAGCGCGCACAGCCGGAGCCCCGCGGGAGCGGCUUCAGCACCGCGGACAGCGCCCCGCCCCGGGCCCUCCAGCCGCCCCGCUCAGAGGCCGCGCUGGCCAGCGAUGCCCCCGGCAUGGCCCGGAGCCCCGGCCCCGAGGCGCUGCUCCUCUGCGCCAGCCUCCUGCAGCUGUGCUCAGGUGUCUGGGCCACAGACACGGAAGAACGGCUGGUGGAGCAUCUUCUCGACCCUUCCCGCUAUAACAAACUCAUCCGCCCAGCCACCAAUGGCUCAGACCUGGUCACCGUACAGCUCAUGGUCUCACUGGCCCAGCUAAUCAGUGUGCACGAGCGGGAGCAGAUCAUGACCACCAACGUCUGGCUGACCCAGGAGUGGGAAGAUUACCGCCUCACCUGGAAUCCCGAGGAGUUCGAUAACAUGAAGAAAGUCCGGCUCCCUUCGAAGCACAUCUGGCUCCCGGAUGUGGUCCUGUACAACAACGCCGAUGGCAUGUAUGAGGUGUCCUUCUACUCCAAUGCCGUGGUCUCCUACGACGGCAGCAUAUUCUGGCUGCCCCCUGCCAUCUACAAAAGCGCCUGCAAGAUCGAGGUUAAGCACUUCCCAUUCGACCAGCAGAACUGCACAAUGAAGUUCCGCUCGUGGACCUAUGAUCGCACGGAGAUCGACCUGGUGCUCAAGAGUGAUGUGGCCAGCCUGGACGACUUCACCCCCAGCGGAGAAUGGGACAUCGUGGCGCUGCCAGGCCGGCGCAACGAGAACCCGGCUGAUUCCACCUACGUGGACAUCACCUACGACUUCAUCAUCCGCCGCAAGCCGCUCUUCUACACCAUCAACCUCAUCAUCCCCUGCGUGCUCAUUACCUCGCUGGCCAUCCUGGUCUUCUACCUGCCAUCCGACUGUGGCGAGAAGAUGACGCUCUGCAUCUCCGUACUGCUGGCGCUCACCGUCUUCCUGCUGCUCAUCUCCAAGAUCGUGCCGCCCACCUCGCUGGACGUGCCACUCGUCGGCAAGUACCUCAUGUUCACCAUGGUACUGGUCACCUUCUCCAUCGUCACCAGCGUGUGUGUGCUCAAUGUGCACCACCGCUCCCCCAGCACGCACACCAUGGCGCCCUGGGUCCGCCUGGUCUUCCUGGAGAAGCUGCCUGCGCUGCUCUUCAUGCAGCCGCCGCGCCAGCGCUGCGCCCGCCAGCGCCUGCGCCUGCGCCGGCGCCAGCGGGAGCGCGAGGACGCUGGCGGCCUCUUCUUCCGUGACGACUCGUGCACGUGCUUCGUCAACCGCGGGGCCUCUGUGCAGGGCCUGGCCGAGCCCGCGCCCGGGGCGGGCAGGGCCCGCGCUGGGGCCUCGUGCGCCUGCGGCCUGCAGGAGGCAGUGGACGGCGUCCGCUUCAUAGCCGACCACAUGCGGAGCGAGGACGAAGACCAGAGCGUGAGCGAGGACUGGAAGUACGUGGCCAUGGUGAUCGACCGCCUGUUUCUCUGGAUCUUCGUGCUCGUCUGCGUCUUGGGCACCGUGGGCAUGUUCCUGCAGCCACUCUUCCAGAACCACAGUUCCGCCACCUUCCUCCACGCGGCCCCCAGCUCCAAGUGAGCCCCAGCUCCAGUGCCCUUCCCCCUGCCCUCUGCCCCGCACUGCCCUGCGCUUCCUCCCCUGGAGCUCCCGCCCCCUCCCCCACCCCCCACCUGCUCCAGAGCCCACCUGGAGGCUGCGGGGCCAGCCCAGGGAUCAUGUUGAGGGUUGAGCAGGAAGGAGAGAGCAGUUCCAGAGAUGCGCACAGUGGGCCAGGUCGGCCCCCAGUGGGCCCACAUCUCUCUGAAGUGGAUAGAAGUCAUCCCCUAGUGGACCAGGUUACCCUUGGUCACCCCCUGCAGUGGACAGGGCUCUCACAUGAUGUGAGGCUUAGCUGGGCUCCCUGCAGACCCCUCAGAGGUCCCAGCACAGCCUGGGUGCCGCUUCUCUGCCCAGGGUUCCUCAGGGCUAAGGUGGGAACUGGGGGCAGCUGCAGGCAGCCCUGCCUGCACCAACAUACAGCCCCCCGCGCGGAGGUGAGCUCUCGGUGCCCUGCCCCAGAGCUGGGGGCCAAGCUGCCCUUCUGCCCCACCUUCCUUCCCUCACGGCUCCUGCGAAGUGGAGGUGGCAAAGCGCAGCCUGAGCUUCCUGUCCUGUGGGUCCCCAGCAUCCCCCAAAGGAGGGAUUUCCUGCUCCCAACCCCCACCCCUGCCUGACUGCUGUGGGGUCUACCUACAGGGGCAGGCUGAUGGCACAGGGCUCUGCCUAGGCCUGUCCUCUGGUUUCGGCGCUGCCAACUGCCUGGCAGCCACCUGGGGCGUCUCCUCCAUGUGGGUCUCAGCGUCCCUCUCCCGGAAAGGGCCUUCAGGAAUAAGGUCAGUGUUGGCCUGGGACAGAACAGCACGAGGAGCCCAGCCUGUAGAAGCCUGAGGGGAGGGUCUCACCUGAGACAUGGGCCUCCUACCCGCCCACGCCCACCAUGACCCCUCCUCCCACUGAGCCAAGCAAGUGCCGGAAACCGGGGUCAGGAGCUGGGGGCAAGGGCAGGAGCAGCAGGGGGCACUCCAAGCUCAUCUCAGAGCACCCAUCCCUCCGCUUCUGGGUGCUCCUCCAGGUGGCCAGGCUAAGGCUGGGCUGGGGGUGGGGGAAAGGGGUGGGGUAGGGUGUUCCUGGCCCCUGCAAGACUCAGCUCUGCUUUGAAGAACCAAGUAGCAGCUGCCCGCAGCGGCCUGGAUCCACCGGGGACUCCUGAGCCUGGGAGCCAGCAUGGGUUCCCUUGGCCGGUUUGGGGAGGCCUCCACGUUCUGCGCACACCACUCCCCCCACCCGCACUCCCGAAGGUGCACGUGUCCGACUCCACCUUGCCAUCUGCAAUACAGUGAAUGGGAGGGGCAGAGAUGGCGUCAGCCCGGGUGGAAUAAGAGCCUUUGGCUGGGCCUGGGUGGCAGUGCCAGAGGGGCUGCUGGGUGGGGAAGGGGGCUGAUGGACGGAAGGGUUCUGUUACCUGUCUUGUUUGCGAGGGGAGGCGGGGCAGAGGGCCAGGGCAGGGUGCCCACAUGUGACCCAGGCUGGGGCAGGGGGAGUGACCAUCUGUUGGGGUCCUGUGUCCUUUCUGGGUGGUGCUGCCCCUCCCCGCAGCUGCUGCCCCUGCUGGGCACCAGGGUGUGAAGAGGAAGUGGAGGGGCACCAAGAGGCAGGUGGGGGUGGGACCACAGAAACUCCAGGCUGGAGUGCUGCUGGAUGCCCUAUCUCCACUGCUGCUGCCAGGCGUGGCCGGAGGACGGUGACCUGACCGGAGGCCUGGGCACGGCCAGCUGGGGCCAGCAGGGGCCACUGAGCCGCAGGCGGCCGAGCACGGCCCUGCAGAGGCAGUGCAGGGGCUCACCCCGGACCUGUGUCCCUGCAGCACCUCGUAGAGUGUGGGACACUCAGGGUCCUACCUGGAUCCCCUCCCCACACCCGCUGACUGCAAGGGGACACGCUGUUGAAUCUUGGCCCCCAUAGAGAGGUCAGGGUGGCAGUCACGUGGCUCCUAAGGUACUGCAGGACACCUCACCCCCCCGACACACAGGUAUUCCUUGUACCCCCCACACCUGUCUCAGCCCCUCUCCUGUACACCUGGGAUGGGGGUGCUACUGUGGCCCUGUCCAGGCAGGACUCACAGGGAAUCUGAGUCUCGUAAAGAAAAGUCGUUUCAAAGCCA